AUGGAAACAACUCCGGAGCUUGAGGAGGCGCGGAAGGACGGUCGCAGCUCAGAGGCAGUGAUAUAUUUGCCUCAAAAGUAUCAGACUGUAACCCUUCCUUUUUUUUUCUUCCUUUACAAGUAUCCUCACACACAACAGGUCUUGCGAAAUCAUAGACCCCCGCUAUCAGCUGUCACCGAGCCCCUGAUUCUUCAACAAGCUCCCACCGAAGCGGGACCUUUUUCUUUUUUUUCCAUUUACCGAUACGGCGUCUUUACCCGUUCGCUCGGUUCCUCCCACUUCUCUUGGGUUCUAGGGAACAAAAAGAUGGCGGAUUUUCUUGCCCCGGAUCCAGUGCAGUUGCAUGCAGGUUUACGGCCGGAAAGCCUGGCCUGCAUCGACCUCGCAACCAAUCGCAAAUGGACGUAUUUGGAACUCAACUCCGAUGUUCAAAGCGCGACCACCGUCCUGUCUGCAUACGGUGUCUGUGUUGGUGACAGAGUGGCCACAAUUUCAGUCAACAACGUUCAUCAGAUCAUUCUGCAGCAGGCGUUGAUGAGAUUGGGAGCCAUUCACGUGCCUUUGAAUUGGCGACUUGCCCUACCUGAACUUGCCAAGCUGUUGGAAGACUGCUCGCCUACUAUCCUCUUCACGGACCUCGACCCACCCGACUUACCCCUUGGGUGCAGCCGCAGUAGACUUGCAAGGUUCGCUGCAGAUGUUGACAACGCGGAACCGGGACCUCGCCUCCAAGCGAGGUCUUCUGAAGAAACCAGCAUUAUUCUCUAUACGUCUGGAACGUCUGGUGCACCGAAGGGGGUGAUGCUGAAUGCGAAAUCUAUCGUGGCAACAACUGUCAACUUUGGGGUUUUGACAGAAGUUGAUACUGGUUCCGCGUUUCUCUGCGACGGGCCGAUGUUCCACCUCAUGGGUCUCAUCGCGCAAGUAUGGCCGCCACUUAUGCGCGGUGGUACGUUUGUGGUCUCUUCAAAGUUCAGUCCUGAGGCAACCAAUGCAAGACUCAGUGACCCUGGGCUGGGAAUAACACAUUACUUCUGCGUUCCUCAGAUGGCGGAGGCUCUCGCCAGGGCCGCCAAUUUCAACCCAUCAGAAUGGCUAACCCUCAAGGCUCUUUUCACAGGCGGCGCACCCAAUCCACCAUCUCGUAUCAAGUGGUGGCUCGAUCUGGGUGUUCCCAUGGUUGAUGGAUAUGGCUCGACGGAAAUGGGAACGGCAUCCGGUAUGCCACUUUCGCUCGAACUCAUUCGCAAAAAGGCCGGCUCUGUGGGUCUCCCGGGCCCAUUGACUGCAGUCCGAAUCGUUAAUGACCGGGACCAGCCUGUACCUGUAGGCACUCCUGGUGAAAUUCUCAUCUCUGGUCCAGGUGUUACGCCGGGUUACUGGAACAAUGUUGAAGGGAAUCUUGCCGCUUUUACCACUAACGGCUGGUUCAGAACCGGCGACAUUGGACGAGUGGAUGAAGAUGGCUUCAUUUUCCUCAUUGACAGAAGAAAGCACAUGUUCAUAUCUGGAGGUGAAAACAUAUACCCCGCAGAGAUUGAGGCGGCACUGCUGGAGCACCCUGAAGUGUUGGAAGCUGCAGUUGUGGGGAUCGAUGAUGUGGUCUGGGGAGAAGUCGGCCGCGCGUUCGUUGUCGCCGCACCUGGGUCUCGGCUCAGCCACGACGAGUUGGUCGCCCAUUGCCAGUCACGAAUUGCUCGGUUUAAAAUUGCAAAAGAGACUGUCUUUGUAAACAGUUUACCAAGGACAGGAUCUGGAAAGAUCAUGAAGCAUCUUUUGGGAGAAGGUUCGGCAGCCAGACUCUGA